UGUAAUGUAAAUCUAAAUCUCGUUUUACUUUGAUGAUGUUACAGACCUCCACGCUUCAUGUCAUUAUCAAUGUCCGCGAGGCACAAACAAAAAUUCUUAGUCACUCUUCUUCUUCUUCUUCUUCUGUUGUAAUAAGCUCUGCCACAAUCACAAAGCCACAGGUGAAUUUUGAGACAUACCCAACAUUGGUGGAUCCAAAAUGAGCUUGGAUCUGCUGAGAAGUUCCCUUGCAUUGAAGAUCAUCGGCUCUCUCUUCAUCGCCGUCACAUUCUUCUACUUGGGAAUGCACUGGUCCGAUGGCUACCAACAACUCGUCUUCUUUUCAGACCCUAACCCCAACCGCCUUGUUUCCACAUCCCCCAAUUUCGACAAACAAUUCAACGUCUCCGCCCUCAUCAACGAUUUCCAACCACCGCCGGAAGUAGCCCUAGAAUCGCCCCAGCCGGAGGUCAAGAAAUUUGGGAUCGUGAGCGAGAAUGGGACCAUGUCGGAGGAUUUCGAGGUGGGGAAUGAGUGGGUGAACGAGACGGAGGUUGCCUCUACGGAGGACGACGGCGGUGGUGGUGGUGGUGGUGGUUCUUCUACGAGAUUCGUGAUCAAGAGGUUUGGUCUGUGCCCGCGGAACAUGAGCGAGUAUAUACCGUGUUUGGAUAAUGAGGAAGCGAUUAAGAAGCUUCCUUCCACUGAGAAAGGAGAGAGGUUCCAGCGCUAUUGCCCCGAAAAAGGUCGUGGCUUGAAUUGCUUGGUUCCUGCACCCAAAGGGUACCGUACCCCAAUUCCAUGGCCCCAAAGCCGAGACGAGGUAUGGUUCAAUAAUGUUCCUCACAAUCGUCUUGUAGAAGAUAAAGGUGGCCAAAACUGGAUUUCCAGAGACAAAGACAAGUUCAAAUUUCCAGGAGGUGGUACGCAAUUUAUCCAUGGGGCAAAUGAAUACCUGGACCACAUUGCUAAGAUGAUCCCUGAAAUUACUUUUGGUCGGCAUAUACGGGUUGUUCUUGAUGUUGGCUGUGGUGUAGCUAGCUUUGGCGCAUAUUUACUGUCACGGAAUGUCCUCACCAUGUCUGUAGCUCCCAAAGAUGUUCAUGAGAAUCAGAUCCAAUUUGCUCUUGAGCGUGGUGUGCCAGCAAUGGCAUCGGUGUUUGCUACUAGACGGUUAUUAUAUCCAAGUCAAGCUUUUGACUUGAUACAUUGUUCACGCUGUAGAAUUAACUGGACAAGGGAUGAUGGGAUAUUGCUAGCUGAAGUUGAUAGGAUGCUAAGAGGAGGAGGGUACUUUGUCUGGGCUGCCCAGCCAGUUUAUAAACAUGAGGAAGCUUUAGAAGAACAAUGGGAAGAGAUGCUUAAUCUUACUACUCGACUCUGCUGGAAUUUUUUGAAAAAAGAUGGGUACAUUGCAGUAUGGCAGAAACCUUCUAACAAUAGCUGCUAUCUAAACCGCGAGGAAGGGACUAAACCUCCACUGUGUGACCCACGUGACGACCCAGACAAUGUUUGGUAUGUUAAUCUAAAAGCAUGCAUCUCUCGAUUACCUGAGAAUGGCUAUGGAACAAAUGUUACAGAAUGGCCUGCUCGUUUGCAAACUCCGCCUGAUAGGCUUCAAAGCAUAAAAUUUGAUGCCUUCACAUCCAGAGCAGAGCUUUUUAAGGCAGAAUCGAAAUAUUGGAAUGAGAUAAUAGGACAAUAUGUUGAUACUUUACGCUGGAAAGAGAUGAGAAUGAGAAAUGUUAUGGACAUGCGAGCUGGAUUUGGAGGGUUUGCAGCAGCAUUGAUUAGUCGGAAAUUUGACUGCUGGGUUAUGAAUGUUGUUCCUGUUAGUAGCACAAAUACCUUGCCAGUUAUCUACGACCGUGGAUUGAUGGGAGUUAUGCAUGACUGGUGUGAAGCAUUUGACACCUACCCAAGAACCUAUGAUUUUCUGCAUGCUGCCAACCUUCUUUCUGCAGAGCGCAAAAGAUGCAAUAUGUCAUCUAUUAUGCUUGAGAUGGACCGAAUACUAAGACCGGGAGGACAGGUAUACAUCCGCGAUUCUAUUGCCAUCAUGGAUGAAAUUCAAGACAUUGCCAAGGCAAUGGGGUGGCAAGUCACAUUGAGAGAUACGUCUGAGGGGCCUCAUGCUAGUUAUAGAGUAUUGGUGUGUGACAAGCACCUGCUACAUGCUUGAAACAAAAUGGGAGGGUAUGCAUAAACAUGAAAUGGAACACAUGUUUUGCUUUUGAUCUUACAAAUAGCGGAAGUGAAGUCAUACAACAUGAAAUCCUGUUUGUCAUUUCAGAAAUAUAGGAAGAUUUUAAGUGCCAAGUAUCACUCACUUGUUACUUAAAGAGUUCAGAAAGUGAUGAGUGUUGGAAGCAUUUUUUGGUUGAUACUAGGCAUGAGAUGCGCGAUCCCGAAAAGCUGGGUAAGUCAAGUGCAUCAUCUAACUUAGUUGUAACAUUCAAUUUAUUUGUAUAUUACAAAGCUAUUCCACAUAUAUUCAUUGUUUAUUAUUCCAAAUAGAACAAAUCCUCUAUGUACGAUUUUGAUACAUUUUCCCAUUGAUUUAUGAGUAGUUUCCAAAUAAGGUAUACAUUUUCUUGUUGGUUGAAGAAAUCGUGCUCUAGGAUCAGCUUAGCAGAGAGAGAGAGAGAGAUGAGAGAAAGUGAUUCUCAUUGAUUACAGAGAACAAAAAGUGUGCAUCUGAAAAGUUACAUUUAGUUACAUACUAUAUAUAGUAAGCUAACUAACUAGAAUAAGCUACAACUAACUCGAAGUCUAACAAACUAGUUAACUUAUGUUCCAUAUUGUGACAGCUCAGAAAUAUGGUUAGCUAACUUAACGAUAGCUCACA